AAAAUUGAGCCCGCGAUUGUACGUUCUCGUAGGCUUGGAUAGUACAAUUGGGUGCAAUAAAGAAAUAAGCACUAUUUGUACAUGGUAAUUUAUCAUUUUAUUGCGUUUAAAUUUGUCUUCGAGAGCAUGCGAGCAAUUAUUCAACGUGUUAAAAAGGCGAGUGUUAAAGUCGAUGAUGAGCUUAUUAGCUCAAUAAAAGAAGGUCUGUGCGUUUUUGUUGGUAUUUGUCGAGAUGAUACCGAAAAAGACCUUGGGUACAUAGUCAAUAAGAUUCUGAAGUUCAGGUUGUUUGAUGAAGAUGGAAAAAGAUGGAGAAAGAGUGUCGUAGACAUGGGUUAUGAAGUUCUUUGUGUUAGUCAGUUCACUCUUUAUUGUGAUGUGAAGAAGAACAAGCCAGAUUUCCACAGAGCAAUGGGUGGUGAAAGCUCCAAGCAGUUUUACGACAAAUUUCUUGCAGAAAUGAAAAAGAGUUAUGACUCAGAGAAAAUCAAAGAUGGUAAAUUUGCCAGCUACAUGCAAGUAGAAAUACAGAAUGACGGUCCAGUUACUAUACCAAUAGAAUCACGGGUGGACAAACUUGAUGAGCUACAAGAAACAGAGUCAAAAAACAAAGAAACUUUGGUCGAAAUGGGAGCUAAUCACUCUAAUUAAACCUUGUUGAACUUUCAACCUCAUGUGGCAUACAGUGAGUGAGAAAAAAGUCGACUCUUUUAUAUUCCAAGCAAAUGGGAAAUUGGUCAGGAAGUGUUUGUGCAAACACACUGGCUUUCUAACAUCCCCAAACAGACUUUGAAGCAAUCAACAUUUUUUUGCGUCAUAUUUGAUUUUGAAGCCUUAAAUCUUGUGGAAAUAUUAUGUAUGUUUCAAUCACACAGUUUGUACUCUUCAAUAACCUUGUAUUAUGGAAUAGCUCGUCUAGUAAUUAUUUUAAUAUCCUUCUCAAUAAUGUAAA